UAGGUGACAGGUGCUUUUAUCAAAACAUCGUUAUAAACAGGGUUUAAUACGACUUUUUAAGGUGUUGGAAAUAUGUUGCUCCUUUCCAGCAGAACAUGAGGUCAAUGGAUACAAGAACAGCCUAUUGCUACAGUCUAUGGAAUAGAAUGUGAAAAAUCAGAAAAUGUUUUUAAAAUUUAGAAUUUCUAAGUUAAUCCCAAUCAUCUCUUUUGCUGUUGGUCUCCUUCUUCACGAGGUCCUGUCUGGAACGGUGAUAAAGUUACCAUUAAAGGAGGCUUCACCUCAUCUAAAUCACCAGCGAAGUAGACGUAGCUUAUCACACUAUCAGAAUGGAAAUCUGGAGGGAAAGCCUGGACAGGGAUAUUAUGUGGAGGUUCUGAUGGGCACUCCACCUCAACAGUUGAAUGUAUUAAUUGACACUGGCAGCAGUAACUUUGCUGUGGCUGCCAACCCAAAUCCUGAUAUAUCUUCUUGGUUCCACAGAAAUGAGUCAAGUACAUACCAGGAUGUAGGAACAGAGGUAUAUGUACCAUACACACAGGGCAACUGGCGAGGUGUCCUGGCAACUGACUUUGUAGCUCUAUCCUCCAUGCCAAACUCUUCUGUCAACGCUCAAAUUGCCUUCAUUCUUCAAUCCAGUGACUUUUUCAUCAAUGGCUCAAACUGGCAGGGUAUUCUUGGCAUGGGCUAUGCUGCCAUAGCACAGCCCGACAAAUCAGUGGUGCCAUUCUUCGACUCAUUAGUAAGGAAGGCUGAUGUGGAUAACAUAUUUUCUAUGCAGCUGUGUGGAACAGUGUAUAGAUCCAAAGACAACACCAAAGACACAGAGAUGGGCGGUAGUCUGGUUUUAGGGGGAGUGGACACCUCCCUUUACAAAGGCGAGAUGUUGUACACACCCAUACAUAAGGAAUGGUAUUAUGAGGUGAUCAUUGUAGACGUAAUGGUAGCUGGUAUUAGCCUUCACAUGGACUGUAAGGAGUAUAAUUUUGGUAAGACAAUUGUGGACAGUGGGACAACCAAUCUUCGCCUUCCAAUCAAAGUUUUCAAUGCAUUGGUCACAAAAGUUCAGGAACAUUUAGUGAUGUCUGGGGCAAUACCAGGAGAAAAAUUUUGGGAGGGUGCUGACCAUAUUUGUUGGGAGGAGGGCAAAAUACCUUACAACGACUUUCCAUCCAUCACCAUCUCAUUUCCUCAAACCAAAAACUCUUCUUUUAAUCUCGUCAUAUCUCCACAGCAAUAUAUUCGACCUGUGGGUGAAGACAAUGAUGACACACCAGGUGUGGAUUGCUUCAAAUUUGCAGUAGCAUCAUCAACGUCAGGUACUGUUCUUGGUGCUGUAGUAAUGGAGGGGUUCUAUGUUGUUUUUGACCGUGCUCACAAAAGAAUUGGAUUUGGGGAGUCCACUUGUCCUACUCGUGAUAAAAAUGCUGUGAAAUCAUCUAUCAGCAAACCUAAUAAAUAUACAGGUAAUGCUACAGACUGUGCCUAUUUCAAGCCUGAUGCAGAGGAGACGACCUUGACAUUGGUGGCCUAUAUUAUGGCAGGAAUCUGUUGUGCAUGUCUUAUUCCUCUCAUCGUCAUGGUAAUCCACUGGAAUUGUCGACGUUGGAAUUGUUAUAGGCUUAAGCGCCAAAACUCUGACUCCGAUGGCAUUUUAGCUGAUACAAGCUAACAAACAAUACAAAGAGUUAAAGUAAAUUGAUGUAAGUGUUAGGUGAAAGAGAACUUGGAGUCUAAUUUACCACUAGAUACUGAUGUUGCUGUAGUGUUAGGUGAAAGAGAACUUGGAGUCUAAUUUAC